AUGUCAUCCAAAAACUUUUGCAGUGAGAAUGCACAGCCAAGAGGAAAAAAAAGAACCUGCGAGCUCAUUGAAUCAGGAAGAGAAAAAAGAACUCGUGCUAGUGUAAUCUGUGAAGGUUGUAAAUCUUCAAAAAGAAAGUGUGAAGGUUGGGAUUCAAGUGUGGAUCCUCCUGUUGAUUGUGAAAAUUGUAGACGAAAACAAAUUGCAUGCAAGCUUCCACCUCAUUGCAAAUUAUGUAGGAAGAAACUUGAUAUUUAUUUUAAAAGCUUGGAAGAAGAUGUUAAAGAGUUGAAAGAAGAUGUUAAAGAGUUGAAAGAAGAUGUUAAAGAGUUGAAAGAAGAUGUUAAAGAGUUGAAAGGAGAUAUUAAAGAGUUGAAAGAAAAACUUGAAGAACGCAAUAAAAAAAUGGUAAUAUUUGAAGAAAUCCAAAAUCAAACAGCUAUUCAACAGUUUUAUAGCCCGGAAAAUGAUCGAAAUUCAUCUUAUAAUUUCUAUUCAGAGCCAACAUCACACGAGCCUAAUUUCAUUAACCCUCAGGAUUAUGAAUCAAUAGAGCCAGCAUCACACGAGCCUAGUUUCAUCGACCCUCAGGAUUAUGAAUCAAUAGAGCCAGCAUCACACGAGCCUAGUUUCAUUGACCCUCAACAUUAUGAAUCAAUAGAGCCAGCAUCACACGGGUCUAUCUUAAUUGACCAUCAACAUUAUGCACAUGGGAACAUAUUUUAA